AUGUACAAGGUCCUGGACCUGAGCUACUGGAAGGAUGAAGUGGCUGUCAACUUGUCAACUGAGACAGGGAAGACUGCCACUGAGCAGGUGUGGGUGGAAAAUCAGGAGUUUGGGAUGAAGUGGCAAGAGGAGGCAGUUCUGCAGCAGCAUGCCUCCGGCCCCCAGCAGGUCCCACUAGCACCCCGUUCCAUGCAGUUCUGCAUCAGAGCAUUGGCAGUGACCCCCUCCCCACCAACAGCUUUGCCCAGCACCCCAGAGGCCUCUCCCUCGGAGCCCCUUUUGGGCUUAUGGACGCUGCACUGCUGCAGGCUCUCCACCUCACCCCGUCCAGGCUCCCCCCUUGGCCAGGACCUGGGCUCUUACCGUCAGCAGUCUGUGCGUCCAUGCACCUCUGCUUACCUGUCUACCUCCCCACCUGUCCGCGGGGCCCUCUCCCCGGCCUCCUCCAGCCCGCAGCGAGGUCCCCAGCCAUGUCUCGUGUCUGUGUUCACAGGGAGGAUCCUGGUGCACUGUGCCGUGGGCGUGAGCCGCUCGGCCACUCUGGUGCUGGCCUACCUCAUGCUGUACCACAGCCUCACCCUUGUGGAGGCCAUCAAAAAAGUCAAGGACCACCGAGGCAUCAUCCCCAACAGGGGCUUCUUGAGGCAGCUCCUGGCCCUGGACCGCAGGCUGCGGAAGCGACUGGAGGCGUGAGGGGGCAGAGGGAGGGAGGGAGGUCAGGCCAGGCCUGUGGGUCCCUGGAUCCCAGCUGGAGAGUGGAGGCCCAGGGGGCAGGUUGGAGGCGGCCCAGCGAACCCAUUCUCUCCUGAGAGGGCUGGGACGUGGCCCCAGGCCACAGCUGCUGUCUAUGGAGGGGGGAUGGGGUGAGGCUGGGCAGUGUGACAGUCACCCAGGAGGGAGCUGGCCAGGGAAGGAGGCAGGUAGGCUGCAGGUAGAAGACAGUCCUGGAUCCCAGCCAGGGGGGUCCCGGCGAUUCACAGCCCCUCUUUGUGCUCAAGUGCUCCCCUUGUCCGCGUAUCAGAACAAAAGGACCAGCUCUGCCCUGUACCUCUGCCAGGAAUCAGGGAUGCGGCGAACACAAACGUGAUGGUGUCGAGUUGUGUGGAGGUGGUAGCUCAGGGACAGACGGUGAAGAGAGGGUGUGAAAAGCUAAGGGAGAAACCCACAGACUUGUUACUCCAAACCCGGGAAGAAGAGGCGUGGGAGGCUUGGCACGGCACCCAUGGGUGCUGGUCGUGGCCCAGAACUGCAGAGGUGCAUGACUGGGAGCCUACAGAUAAUCCCUCGCUUACUGGAUCCAAGUGUCUCCAGGAAAAAUAAAAAUGGUGAAUACGAA